AACAACCUGUCUUGACCGUGAAAACCAAAAUCGUUCAGUAGCCUAUGGUGAUUGGUGGGGCUUGGAAGAACGAUGAAUAGUUCAGGUCACAGACGGUUGUUCCGUUGGAAUCGUGACAAACACGGUGAUAGUUUUGACGCUUCAACCGAAGGGGGAGGAAGCAGCCAUGCUCUUCCGGUAUCGAAAUCUGGCUCACCGGUUCCCAGUGAUAGUAUUCCCAAAAGUUUUGCACAAAGCCGAAUCAAUUGGGAGUCCGGAAAGAAGUACGACGAGUCAUCGCAGGAUUUUUCCGGACAUCGCAGUCGUGAUGAUUCUGUAGUGGAAACAAAGCUUUGGAGGAACAAGCUGACAAAAAAUCUCCGUGGUAAAUUCAGUCCACGUUCAGGUCUCCAGAUAAGAAAGCGUAGAGAUAAGAAGGAUUUAAAAGAAGAGGCCGAAUCUCGCUUCCUCCGGACCACAAGUUUAUCCGACGUUGAUGACACCUUGACUCGAAACGACUCUCGUGGAUGGCACAAGCGAAAUGGCCAUCCCAGAAAUUUAGCUCAUGCAAAGAAAAGAGGCGAUGACUCGUUGGAAUUCGCACGAAAACAAUCCCCGCCGUCUAGCACGGUAUUCUUUGAACAAGGAAUGUACUCUGCUGCAUCGGUAGAGGAGCUUGGAUAUGAAACUAUGACUGGCUUCACCGACGCUCCGAAAGAGUCAGACCAACAGUUGGAGAUGAAACGGGCGAACUAUGGAACAGGGCAUUCGAAACGCAAGUUUCGCUUACGACCCCACCAUUGUUUUGAGAAGGCUACGUACAUGACAGAGGAAGACAUUUACUCGGAUAGUAUAGAGCCGUCCCAGUCUUUUGAGUUCUUGAAGUCUUAUCUGGCACCGACUGCUUUCACAGAGCCGAAAGGCGAACGUGAUGGAAAAAUUGAAGAAAGUUAUGGUUCGCCGGAAACCGAUGGCCGUGUGGGAGCGCUGCGCGUGGAAGUUCUUGGAUGCGUGAGCCUGGCGCGACAAAAACCUGAUGUCGCCACGUAUUUGGUUUGUGGUGACAGUGCUUUUUGUACGGAUGUGAUAAGCGGUUAUCGAUCCCCAAUGUGGCCAAGCGCUUCAAAGCGUGCCGCAGUUUUUCCUAUUCAUCAUGCAUUCUCCAGAUUGUACAUUGGUGUUUUCGAUGUAAAAGCACGAAAGAGUAACAAGCAAACAGACGCAUUUUGUGGAAGAGUCACCGUUGAUAUUUGUUCUUUAAGACCCGGGACUGAGUAUGAUAUAACAUUGGCCCUUCGGGCCUCUACAUUUGUUUACGAUCGUCGUCGACGAGGAGUGGUCCGCUUGCGCUUUUCUCUUCAUUGGUUUAGCGAGCGCGGCGCUAUUCUUUCUUACUUCAACCAACCGCGAAGCCUUGUCCAGGCCUGUCCUCUUGUCAGUGGCUCGCCUGUGAUUCCGUGUGCCGAGCCCAGAACAUUCAGAAACCUUGCUCUUACUGUGCACGGUCAAGAUCUUCCUGGAAAGUAUUCCCGGAGCGCGUUUCGGGCAACCAUGCGUGAAUUCAAUUUGUACCAGGUGAACAUCCGGCACUUGCUCAAGACAAGCGUAAUUGAGGCUGUUCUCUACGAGAAACCAAUAGUCUCUUUUUGUUUGUUCCUCGCUGGAAUGCAUUGCGUUGUCUCAAACUCAGUACAUAUGGUUCCACCAUAUUUUCUUGCUUAUCUUUUGAUUCAACUGCACGAGAGCUACCAACACUAUGUCCAAAGUUCGGUAUACAAUUGUGGAUACAAACCCCUCACUUUCUUUGAGGUAUUUCAAGCUCUGAUAUUCAAUACGACAGGACGAGAUCGAAUGUUUGAGUCCAUAUCCGUGGCCAAGCAAGCAAAGCAAAGAGGAAAUAUUAGGCAACAUAAGCAGCUUGCCGAUAUGGAUUCUGAUAGAGGGGAAGGGGGUUUGGUAACUCACCCUCCGGAUCAUCAAGAAUUUCCUUUUUCAGAUAGGGAUGCCUACCCCAAUUUUGGUGUUGACGACGCACUCGCACCGAGUUUGAAGAAAGGACGAGCUAUACCAAAGACGGAUCCAAGUGGAUAUGUUGACGGCAUCUCAAGUGAUGAAAGCGGGGACGCAGACAAUGACGACGAAACAAUUACGACAGAGACGGGUAUGGAUGACAGCAUGUUCCACCUUGAUAUGGAGGGGGAGGAUGAUGGCUUGGAACCGGAUGACCAUUUGGAGCUGGCUUCACAAUCCAACCUUCCUUUGGCCGCUAGCAACAGACGACGGAUUAAGCUUGGGCCGGCUCAGAAUACAGACACAUCUGCAGCAGUCAGAGUUCCACCUCAGAUCCACUUGAAAAAAAUGGAAAACAUUUUUCAUAAACUUUCUAAAAAGCUGUCUGUUGAGCUUGUUGCAGCACCUAUGGAUCGAAAUCUGGGUGGAACUGUGGACACGUCUCACCUUGCGAUGCGUGGGUCGCUGGCUUUAACUACGGAGGCUUUGCAGGCGCAAGAAAAACUGGGCAAGAAGGCAAUUUACGAUGAAUUCGAUAGACUCUUGGGUCUAGAGACGAGGACUGCUAAUCCAGUUCUUAGAAUUGCAUCGGCUUUUUUAGGUCCUUUGAUGCGGAUUAUCCGAAACAUUUUUCUUCGCACGCAUCUCGAGAACAAAGCAGCAAAAACACCCAAGGAGCACAGGGAGAAAACCGGUAACAAAGAUGAAGCGUACCCGACGGAGCAGAGAAGAGACCACAAGACUAGCGAAUUACAAUUGGGUGUUUCGAGCAAUAGUCGCUUAGAUCAUCGUAAGGUUUUUUUUCGGAAGAACACAAGUCGUGAACUAAGUACUGACAAGCCUCACUUGAUUGGACCUUUAUACCAAGAUGAACGCCCAGUAUUCAGUGUUCAGCACGGUUCGGUGGCGAGUCGUAAACUUCGGCCUAGAUCUGUGGCCAUACCGUACAAUCGUUUGCGGAAGGAGCGAUUUUAUGAUUGGCCCCCAGAUCCGACAGUUUCCCGUGCAACUCCUUUGCACUUUGCCUACGGCGAAGAAACGGAACGCAGACGACGAGACAACAUUUUUUCUUCUGACUUGGUUAUGUCGCUUCAGGAAAGGGAUAAGAACGAAAAUCGAAUCUUCCGACAACGAUUGCUAGAAGCCUCGUUGGGAGAGAAUUGAAGUGGUCGGAAUCAUCAAUCGGAAUAGGAUGAUGAAGGUAUGAAAGCGACUAUGUAUCGUAGCAAUUCGUAGCGGAGAGGAGAAACGGAGCGAACUGUAUGUGCUACUCGGAAAGAUCUACUACUAUCAUUUAAAAUUCAGUCUCAAAACGCCUUUGAGAGUGCUUGUCUUCUACAAAAGGCCUUGUGAAGUCAGAGGUGCAGUUGCGGAAGCGGCGCAGUAGUUCACGUGCGUCAACUGAGACAUCGAGAAGAUGACGGAACGAUUAGAACAUGGGC